ACAGUUCUUUGAUAUGGCAUAGCUUGGCUGUUAUUUGCGUUUGGAUGUUGUUGAGGAAAACAAAGAUGGCGGAAGGUGUGGCGAAACCGCAGCGGGAUCCUCCGCAGGGGAUGGAACCGUUCGAUCGAGGCGCUCUCAGUGAGGAACAACAGGCCAAGCUCAAUCAGUUCAAGGUGCAGACCAGGUUAGGUAAUGAGCGUUAUCUCAGGGAGCAUCCGGAAGUCUCCUGUAUGGUGUCUGGCUUCCUCAGUGAUGUCUUGGCGAAGAAACCAGAAAAUAUCAGGGAGUUUGCUGCGGAAUACUUCAGGAACCCAGAGCUCCCUGACCAAGUCAGGAAGGAAGUUGCAGCACAAGAAGAGAAGAAAAGGAUAGCAGCACAGGCUAAGAAGAGAUUGUAAAGUGCAGUGGUGUGAUGCUAAUUCUAGACUUAAACACAGAAAUAUCAUCUUUGUUGUCAAGAGUAUUCUUCAAACUGUUCUGUUUGACAUAUCUGAAAAACUGUACAAAGAGUGUCUAGACUACAUGUAAGAUAGUAACCAGUCCGAAGAUAGUUUAUGACAAGUGCUGAGUAUUGUUAGCAGUAAGCAUCAAGUCUUAUGUGAAUUUUGUAUUUCUAAAACUUUGGAACAAGGGUACGCAUUUUUUCCAUUGCUUCUUCACAAUCAGGUACCUUUAACACAUUCCACUUGUUGUACAUACAAAUGUAUCAUCAUAUAUUAUGUUUUUGUAACAUUUGUUUUUAAAUGAUGUUCAUGAGAAUUCUAAAUCUGAAAUGUUAACAGAAGUCUGUCAAUCAUAUUCUGGUCAGGUACAAGUGCUGUACUAUAGAUAUGGAGUCUUACAUCUAUUUUUCUGUGUGUAUUAUUCUGGUAUAUUUCUUUUUAUGGCCUAUGUUGAAGUGAUGGCUAUUAGGUAAACUGAAUAGACAGGAAACCCUUGCUAUUUUCCUUUCCAACAUCUGCUUGAACCAGCAAAGCCAGGACUAGUAUACAUGUAUCAAUGAAACAAAGUAUGCAGACCUUGAGAUUUUUAUUUCUCUAUAAAACUAUGUAAUACAUGUACUACAUGUAUUCUGUAUAUUUGCAGCACUAGGUCUAUUUGGAAAGCUUUAAAAAAACACCAAAUUAUGAGUUAGCUGAUGAAGGGAAAGCUGUGCUUGCUUAACAAAUGCUUCCUGUUUUAAGUGUAUAUACGUUGUAACUAGAUUGAAUACAGAUGUAACUGUGCUCCAACAAUAUGGCAUUAAAUCUCACCAACUAUU